AUGGAUCUACAGUCCCAGGUGAAACUGGGAAAAAGGCCUUUCAUAUUCUUGAAUGCAUGGGGGGAUCAUGAGCAGCUUAAGGGAGUUGUACAGAGAGUCUGGGAGGAGAGAGUGGAGGGAAAUGAGAUGUAUUCUUUUAUAACAAAACACAAAAAAGUGAAAAGAGUUCUAAAAAACUGGAAUUGGGAAGUGUUUGGUAAUAUUUUUGAAAAACUGAGUGAGCUGGAGGAAAAAGUGAGUAAUUCAGAGAGUGCUAUGCAGACUGAUCCUUCUGAGGAGAAGCUAUGGGUGGUGGAAGGGGAGAGAAACUCAAAGUAUUUCCAUGGGCUAGUUAAGGAGAGAAGGGCAAAACAAGUAAUUCAUAAGAUCAAGAACAAUGAGGGGGAGUGGGUUGAGGAGCAAAGUCAGAUAGCUGACUUGGCUGUUGAAUUUUUCCAAAAACUUUACACUGCUGAGCCCCUAAAUAGGGACAACUCAGUUUUUGAAUGUUUGCAAGUUAGUGUCACUGAGGAGGAGAACCAGAAGCUGAUUGCUGAACCUACAUUGGAGGAGAUCAGGGCCACAGUUUAUAGCAUGAACCCUAACAGUGCUUGUGGUCCUGAUGGCUUUGGAGGCCUGACAAGGGCCAUAACUAGCACCUCUAUUGUUCUUAUUCCCAAAGUUACAAAUCCUGCCAGUUUUAAUGAGUUCAGACCAAUAAGUCUGAGUAAUUUCUGUAGCAAAGUGAUAACCAAAAUCAUGGUUCAGAGGCUGGCAGAAUGGAUUGGGGGGUGUAUUCAGCUAGUUCUGGAAAAACUGGGCUUUUGCAAAAAAUGGAUUGAUUUGGUGAAUGGUUCUAUAAAUAAUAUUUGGUACUCUGCGAUUGUGAAUGGGGAGGCAAAGGGGUUCUUUCAUUCCUCUAGAGGGCUGAGACAAGGAGACCAUUUGUCUCCCAGUCUUUUCAUUUUGGCUUCUGAGUUGUUGUCCAGGUUAAUAAACCAAAAGCAAGCUAAGAUCACACAACCAGUGCAGAGACCCCAAGUUACACAUUUGGCAUUUGCAGAUGACAUGGUGGUGUUUACUUUAGGGAAGAAUGGAGGGAUUAAAGGAGUGAUGGAAGCCUUGGAAAAAUAUGAAGGCCAGUCUGGGCAGUUGAUCAACAAAAAUAAAAGUGCAUUUUAUAUGCACAGAAGAGUCUCCCAGGAGGCUGUUGAGAAAAUGAAGGAGGGAGAAAAAAGUGAGACUGUUUACUGGUUUGGUGGAGAAAGUGGCUACCAGAUGCAAGGGGUGGCAGAGGGGAAAAAGAAGCAUUAUUGGAGUUCUUGGAAGACUUUAGCUAGGCCAGCAGCUGAAGGGGGAGUAGGGUUCACUGGAUUUAAGGAGAUGAUUGAUGCAGCUGGAGCAAAGUUGUGGUGGAAUCUUAGGAAAGGGGAAUCAAUUUGGAGUCAGUUCAUGCUAGCAAAGUAUUGUAAUGGAAUACACCCAGUGGUUAGGGGAUGGAAUUAUAGGGACUCACACAUUUGGAGAAGGAUGGUGGAUGUAAGAGAGAGAGUAGAACCUAGGAUUGAAUGGGAGAUAAGAAGAGGAAAUUUAAAUGUUUGGUGGGAUAAUUGGUCAGGGAAGGGGGCACUGGCAAUAUGGUUAAAUAGAAGGGGAAAAGGGGGAUCUAGGGAGAUGUUGAAGGAUGGCAAUGUAAAUGGGGCUGUGGAUCUAAGGAAGUUUGGUAUUCAGGAUCAAACUCUGGCUCAGAACAUUAGAACCAGGGAGGGACCAGACAUGCCAAUAUGGCAGCCAACUAGAGCUAACUUUAACUUCAAGAUAGCAAAGGCAUUGAUGAGAGAGCAUGGAGGUGAGAAUGCUGGCCUAUGGUGCAAGAAGAUUUGGGCUAAGGGAAUAUCAUGGAAGAUGUCUUUUUUGGCCUAG